UCCAGAAAGCUCUGGAAGGUGCGCGCAAGUUCUCGUGUUAUCCUGGAUGUUGUAGAAGCCUACAUUGUUCCUGAAUGUUCGGAAAAAUUGUAGAUCGUGGGAGAAGAUUCUUCCGAGUGGUUUAUAAGCGCCGCAAAAGCGAACUCUGGUCAUUCAGUUUCCAGAGAAGCGAAGCAAAAGUUAUCUAGAACCGAGAUUGAGAAGAGAACCAGAGCGACUGUAACGUUACUGACAACAUGCCAGGCAAACAGGGACGCGGCGGACCGGCUAUCGGGAUCGACCUCGGCACCACCUACUCGUGUGUCGGGGUGUUCCAGCAGGGGAAGGCGGAGAUCAUCGCUAACGACCAGGGGAACAGGACAACCCCCAGCUACGUGGCGUUCACCGACAGCGAGAGACUCAUCGGAGAUGGCGCCAAACAACAAGUCGCCAGAAAUCCCAAGAACACCAUCUUCGACGCCAAGCGGCUGAUCGGGCGGCGGUUCGACGACCCGACCGUGCAGGGGGACAUGAAGCACUGGCCCUUCAAGGUCGUCAGCAAGAACGGCAAACCUGCGCUGGAGGUGGAGUACCAGGGAGAAGUCAAGACGCUCCAGCCGGAGGAGGUCAGCUCCAUGGUGCUGACUAAGAUGAAGGAGACGGCGGAGGCUUACCUGGGCCAGCCGGUCCGAGACGCCGUCAUCACCGUCCCCGCUUACUUCAACGACUCGCAGCGCCAGGCUACCAAAGACGCCGGCUUGAUCGCCGGACUGAACGUGCUGAGGAUCAUCAACGAACCGACGGCAGCCGCGCUGGCUUACGGGCUGGACAAGAACCUGAGCGGGGAGAAGAACGUCCUGAUCUACGACCUGGGCGGCGGGACGUUCGACGUGUCCAUCCUGACCAUCGACGAGGGGCAGCUGUUCGAGGUGCGCGCCACGGCCGGCGACACCCACCUGGGAGGGGAAGACUUCGACAACAGAGUCGUCAACCACUUCGUGGACGAGUUCAAGCGCAAGUACAAGAAGGAUUUACGGUCCAACCCCCGGGCCAUCCGCCGGCUGAGAACGGCGUGCGAGCGGGCCAAGAGGACGCUGUCGUCCAGCACAGAGGCAGUCAUCGAGAUCGACUCUCUGCACGAAGGGAUCGACUUCAACUCCAAACUGUCCCGGGCCAGGUUUGAAGAGCUGUGUUCUGACCUGUUCCGUGGCACUCUGGAGCCCGUGGAGAAGGCCCUCCGCGACGCCAAGAUGGACAAGUCCAAGAUCCACGAGGUCGUCUUGGUCGGAGGCUCCACCCGCAUUCCCAAGAUCCAGAAGCUCCUGCAAGAUUUCUUCAACGGCAAGGAGCUGAACAAGUCCAUCAACCCUGACGAAGCCGUGGCGUACGGAGCCGCCGUGCAGGCAGCCAUCCUGUCCGGCGUGGAGGACGACGGGAUCAAGGACGUCCUUCUGGUGGACGUCGCGCCUCUCUCGCUGGGUAUUGAGACGGCGGGCGGCGUCAUGACGAAGCUGGUGGAACGGAACACGCGCAUCCCCUACAAAACGGGCCAGACCUUCACCACGUACAGCGACAACCAGUCAGGCGUCACCAUCCAGGUGUACGAGGGCGAGCGCGCCAUGACCAAGGACAACAACAGACUGGGCCUGUUCGAACUGAGCGGUUUCCCGCCGGCCCCUCGCGGCGUGCCGCAGAUCGACGUGUCCUUCGACAUCGACGCCAACGGAAUCCUACAGGUCUCCGCCGUGGAGAAGAGCACGGGGCGCAGCAACAAAAUCACCAUCACCAACGAGAAGGGGCGGCUGUCGAAAGAAGACAUCGAGCGGAUGGUGGCUGACGCGGAGAAGCACAAAGAGCAGGACGCGGUGGCACGGCAGCGGGCAGAGGCACGGAACGCCCUGGAGAGUUACCUCUUCGGCCUCCGCUCCACCGUCAACAACCCUGACGUGUCCGGUAAGCUGUCCCAGGCCGACAGGGACGCCGUGCUGAACAAGUGUGAGGAGGUGAUGAAGUGGCUGGACAUGAACACGCUGGCGGAGAAAGAGGAAUUCGAGGAACAGCAGAAGGAACUGGAGAAGGUGUGUGCUCCCAUCAUGACCAAACUGCACAGCGCCGCCGCCGGGGGACAACAGGACGGAGCCGGGACACAGGGACCUACUAUCAACGAGGUGGACUAAACACAAACUGUGGAUAAAAGUGUAUGUUGUAUAUAGUAAUGACGUACAAUAGAGAGACUAGACUAAAUUAGUCGUCGCUUAUACAGUACAAAU